UCAGUGUGUUGCACUAAAUGUAUAAACAUGUUCAGCAGCAGCCAAAAUUAAAGUGGAUUUGAGGUGGAUCAUCAGUGUCAAUCCUGACAAUGGAGAGGCUGUGAACAACUCCAUGGGAGGUGGAAGGCUUUCCUUGCGCGCCCUGUGGGCUGGGGGUGCGCCGCUGCGCUGCAGCCGCCUGCCAGUCGGCACACACCAGGGGACGUUGCCUUUAAGAGCCAGCGCCGCGUCUCUUUAAGCGAGUGCGGGUGAAGAUGGCGGCGGCGGCGCGGUGAUGGGCGAGCGGGGCCCGGAUCCGGACCCGGACCCGAGCCGGAGCGGACUGGCCGGCGGCGCCGGGGCCUGAGCUCGCCCCUCGCACCCACACCAUGCUCAGCAAGUAUUUCCUGAUGGGUCUCCGCAGUUUCGUGUGGCUCGCCGUGAAGGUGUGGAGCGUGUGUGUGGAGGCGGCGCGGAGGCAACUCCGUUCGAUAAUCCAAUACCAGACAGUGCGCUAUGACAUUUUGCCUCUAUCUCCUCUUUCCCGCAUCAGAAUAAAUCAAAUGAAAAGGAAGAUUCUUGUUUUAGAUUUGGAUGAAACAUUAAUACACUCACAUCAUGAUGGAGUCUUGAAACCAACAGUGAGGCCAGGCACACCACCAGACUUCAUGCUGAAGGUACUUGUUGACCGACAACCAAUCAGAUUUUUUGUACAUAAAAGGCCUCACGUGGACUUCUUUCUGGAAGUGGCCAGCCAGUGGUAUGAGUUAGUGAUUUUCACCGCUAGUAUGGAGAUUUAUGGUGCAGCUGUAGCAGACAAACUAGACAACAACAAGAAAAUAUUAAACCGUCGCUACUACAGACAGCAUUGUACACUUGAAUUGGGCAGCUAUGUGAAAGAUCUUGCAGCCAUUCACAAUGACCUCUCCAGCAUUGUAAUAUUAGAUAAUUCGCCAAGUGCAUACAGGGGACACCCAGAUAAUGCUAUUCCUAUCAAAUCCUGGUUCAGUGAUCCUGGAGAUACAGCUUUAUUAAACCUUUUACCUAUGCUUGAUGCAUUAAGGUUCACAUCAGAUGUCCGGUCCGUCCUCAGUCGGAAUCUGCACCAACACAGACUAUGGUGACGUUGAAUUAGGCUUUUCCUAAUGGUCACUUGUAGGCAUUUCUAGUUAUGCCCUUCUGUACUUUGAACAUUGCAAAAACUGCACUCCAGGGAGGGGAUCUGAGUGUGCAUGAAGUGACACAAGCUCAGUGGAACAGUCAAGACAACCUGACUUACUUCUGUGUCAUCAGAUCUGUGUGUGAAUUUUACACUCGUUAAAUUCAGUGAUGAAAUGGUGCAUCAUAUGAUGCAUUGCAUCUUUUUGUUUAUAAAAAUGAUAUUUUUUGAGCUCAAUUCUGCUCUGGUUGCCUAAGGUUUUUUUCUUUCAAAGACUUCUGCCUUUUAAGAUUAGAUUAUGUUUUUAAAGAAACUACAAAUGAAUUUCACUCCAAAAGAAACAGGGUUUUCAGGCUGCUUCCUGAUUUUAAAAACAAAAGGAAGCAGUUUCAUUUUAAUGUGCUCCGUCCUUCAAUGUGAUGCCAAUUUUCACUGAGAUUUGACCAGGAAACCCAAUCCCAAGCCCGACCCUGUCAAUGGUGCUAAACCACAAACCUAGAACAAGGCUUUGUUUGGAAUUAGAUUUAUUUUUACAACUGAUCCCUAAUGUGAAUACUUGUCAAUGCCACUUUUAUCAACAGUAUUAAUAAUUGCAUAUCAAAUGAAGAAUAAAAUCUCAUUUAUAGCACAAUAAUGGAUGAACUGUAUCAUAUUUAUGGCCUGCUCGAGCACAGAUUAAUUAUAAUGUACCUAAAACCUCUUCUGUAAUUAAUGGCAGUGGUAAUUUUCCUUAAACCUGUUAUUGAGGGAGAUAGGAAUAACAAGUGAAGGUAGGAUUUGUUGUUAAUUGAACACAGUUGAAUGUUCAGCUGACACAUAUCGUCCUGGCUUAUACAAAGUGUUGUUGGUCAGUGAGGGAAUCUUUAGAGAACAUUUUUGUAACUAUUGGCAUUUGAACUGUGAUGGUAUUGUAAAACAUUUUACUCUUAAGUGGAAUUGUACAGCUGGUAAGAACCCUUUUGUCAGUCAGAAAACUCUCCAUUUGAGGUAACACACUCUAAAUGCCCUUGUUUUCCCUCUUCAUAUGCCAAGGUGUUGCAAGUCUGAUCAGAAUACCUUCACUUCUGGGUAUGGGUAAAAUGAUAAUAGAUGCAUGUAGCAAGGAAACACAAAGUGCUUCAACCAGUAAGGGCAAGGACUUUGUUUGACAGCUGAAGACUGGAAUCGAUAAAAUAUUCAUUGCACUCUGACUAAAUUAGGUGUUUUAUAAAUGCAUAGAAUUUCUGGUGCAGGAGGUAGCCAUUUGAUUUUAAAUACCUCUGUUGGUGAUAGUCCCAUCCCAAGUUGGUGGUGGUUGACCAAAAGGCUAUUCCUGGGGCCAGGGAGUUAAUCAUGUUCUGUUAUGGUAGGCUGUACCCAACAAAGGCUGAGAUGAGUCCUGAUGAAGGGUCUCGACCCAAAAUGUCGACUGUUUAUUUCUCUCAAUAGAUGCUUCCUGACCUGAGUUCCUCCAGCAUUUUGUGUGUGUUGCUCCAGAUUCCUGCAUCUGCAGAAUCUCUUGUGAUCACAUAAACAUUGUUGUGUGCUGGCUGGUUUAAAGGCUUUACCCCUUCCUGGUCAUUGUUUGGUGCUAGAUAUGAUGAAUUAUUUUGUGCUUGUUCUAUCUAAGGAUGGAAGCUUGCAAUUUCAGUAAAGGGCAGAUAAUUUGCAGCAGGGAGGAAGUUAUUUGAGCCAUUAUUGCAAAUUUAACUGCCACUGGUAUAUGACCAGGAAAAUUGGGUAAUUAAAAUCAAAACACAAAAUGCUGGAAAUCUUGUGUCUGGGCACAUUUGCAACCACCUGUUGAGUAUUUCCAGCACUUUUUUAUUUUAGAUUUCCAGCAUCUGCAGGUAUUUUUUUUGGGGGGGGGGGGUGGUUUAAGUUGGGUAAUUCAUUGCUGUUACUUGAUUCAUUUACAACACCUGAGUGUCUUUAAUUGUAGAGCCAUAGGUGGGAUUUACAAUAGUUAUUUGGCUUUGCCUUAGUUUAAAAAAAAUCAAACUGCAGAUGCUGGAAAUGUGAAAUAAAAACAGAAAAUGCUGGAAGCACUCAGCAGGUCAGGCAGCAUCUAUGGAAAGAGAAACAGUUAACUUUUCAUGUUGGUGACUCCCUUUUUCUAAGAAGGAUCUCAAGCUUGAACCAUUAACUCGAUUUCUGUUUCCAGCAUUUUGUGUUUUUAUAUGGCCUUUUCUUAGGACAAUUUAUGCAAAGGACUAACCUGUAAUGAUGCAUGAAGUGUGUACCAGAGCCCAAAAGAGCACCUGUCAAUACAGUUCACUAAUUGCUAUGCAUGUUUUUAAUAAUAAUGUAAUGGCUCAUUUUGUAACUGACCUAGUUUUAUUUGUUCAGGCUUUAAGAAUUUGAUGUAAAUUGUGCACCUCCUAACUUUUCAAAAAGACAUCAAUCGUUAGAUCUUCAAUGACAAUUUUGAUUCCAGUAUUUUCUGGAAUUUUAAGUAACAUUUUGGUAAAGGAUAUUUUAAAAAAAAGAUCAAUUUCAGCAAAAUGGUUAUGAUAGCAACUCUUUAUAAAACAAAAAAUAUAUGCUUAUACUUGGGUACAUUAUAAUCAAAAUGCUUUUACAGCUUUUUAUCAUCUACAUUUUCUGGGUUUAGUUUUAGACCACACUAGCAACAGGUGGGGUUCAAAACUGGGUUUACGAAGGUGGUGAUGAUGGAAGGUGGGGGGGGGGGGGGGAGGUGACAGUAAAGUUUUAAUGGAUCUGACCAACUGCAGUUUUAGGCACAAGAAUAAUCCUGAGUUCUUGAAUAGGCGCUUCAGGCUUUUGACAUGAUUGUGACUUUAAUCUGCCAAACCUGCAGGGAACAGUAGUCAGUGCCAGAAAGCAAGUUGCUUUAUUGAGUGGAGCAGUUGCUUCUAGCCCUUUAAGAGGCUUUGAAUCUCCCUUACUAUAGCUCACUCUUCUUCAUGGACCACAGUUCUCCUGGGGAGUGUUGCUAUCUUGCCUAACCUAGCAGUAUUUUUCUGCUUUCUGUUACUGACUGUAUCGUUUUAGUUGGCAAAUGAGCUCUGAUCCAUUAAAAUCUACCAGGUUGCAUUCUCGCCCAAGAGUUAAAUUAGUUCAAAAUGUCACUAACUGGAUUGAACUCGUUCAACCUAUUCCAAACUGGAUUGAAGCAUAAAUAAGUAUUUUUUAUUGAUUUGUGCCUCAAAAUGCCAUACUCUAAUGGGAGGAUAUUGUAUAAAACAGGAAUCUUCUUCAGGGGAAUUACCUGCAUCCAGUGCUUGUGUGUAUGAUGCUGAAAUGGCACCAGGGCCUAGAUUGCUUUAAUUUUCAGUCUAUUGCAUUGGUCAAUGUAAAUUAUACAGGGCAUUUUUAUGUUGGAUUCAAACAGCAGGCUAAUUAAUGCAUUGUUCAGUGGCUCCUGCUUGAUGUGCUCUUAGUCCAAAAAUGGCACUGAGGAUGUGCAGCUGUUUAUAGUGAUGGUGAAUGCUAGCUGUGCUUCACUGGAUUUGAGCUAUACCAAUUUUAUAAAUUGAUUCUGAUGGCUGAAAAUGCUAAUUACCUUUUUGUAUUUGAGUAUUUAUAACUGAAGAAUAUAGAUGUAACUCUGACCUACGUCAGGAUUAAAGAGCAGUUCUGCAAUCUUGCACAAUUAAUUAAAUACUUAUGAUUUGCCAUUGAGCACCACUUGACCAUUCAAUAGCAAUAUACAUCAAAACCCCAACGGUAUGUCAGAACAUGGUCUGGAAGAGAUUUGUGGCAUUUCCAUCUGAGAAUAUCACCUUUAAUAGUUUCCACCAUGUAUAAAAGUUUUAGCUCUGUCCCUUUAAAUCAUCAGGUCUUAAUCCUUCUAGCUGUACAAUUGGCUUUCUGCAUCUGACUGGCUGGAUUCUUGAGGAGUAGAUCUGCUUUAAUGGUGACCUUCCAAAGACCCAUUAAAACAUUAUCUUAAGUGAGAUUAGUUGGAAGUUAAGACUUUAAUUGAUUUAGAGGCUCAAGGCCUCUAGUCUUUCUCUGGGUAAUGUUGCCCUGGAUGAUUAAGUGGGUAAUUGCAUUGUACUUCCACAAUCAGUUCAGGCUGAUCCUUGCCGGAGUUGCUUUAAUUAUCUUCAGCGGCCUUGGUGGUGGAAAGGCAGAAUGGUCCAGAUCCUGAUGAUUCAUUCCUGGAAGGUGCACACUGGGUAGAUAUUGAGGGACUUCAGAUUGUGAUUCAUUGAUGUUGCUUCUCAUGAAUACUUGGCUCAGUUAAAAGUUAGUUGCUAGCACCUGUAAAACCUAGCUGUAAUAACAGUGAAUGGGGAAGGUAAUGGAUGUGGAGCAGGUAGGAGGGAGCUAGACUUUCAAUAACUUCUCGUGUGUAGUUAUAUUCCCCUGGUGCUGGCUAGCUAAUAUAUUGUCUGCUGGUUGAUUGUUUGGAAAAAUGAAUUGACCUGUAGAAGGUGCUCAAAAGAUGCAUGUAUUUUUUAAGAAGUUUACUAAUUUGAGUAAAUCUAAACCAGUAACUUUGUACUUUCCAUUGACAAAUCACUUUCUUUCUAUAAGAACUGUGUAAAUUUUUCCUGUGCUUGAAUGGUAUUGUAAAAAUAAUUUAAAUUAUUUCUAUUUCAAAGUCUCAUUUGUAACAUUACAAAUUCAUUGUAGCACUCGGCCUCAUUUCAGUAACAUUUAGAAUUUGUAAUGCAAAGGAUGGAGAUGCCCAUAGAUGCCUAGCCUCUCAAUAUCCUCACUCUCCCAUUCUUCUGAUGAAGUAAAGAAAUAUUUCUGAACUUGUUUUAGCACUUUAGUCCCAUGUCCUAAAGUUGUGUAUCCUGCCUUGAUUAAGUUGUGACCUGUUCUGGAGUUCCCUUCUUUCCCACUCUGUUAUGGUUUAAAUGCAAUUUGUUUUCCAUUAAUCAUUAAGGAUGAACCAAAGAAAUGAAGAUUUUGUUUGCAUAGUUGAGAUAAAAUAGAAAAUCUGUUGCAGUAAUUCAAAACUGGAUGUUGAAAACCUCCAUAUAAUAAGAACCUCUGUAUUGUAAUAAGCCACUGAUCAGCUGUGUCACUUCGAUUUUCAUAAUGUGGUCUGAAAAACGGUUUUCCUUUCUGAUUAGCUUUAACUGGAUGUUAACAAAUGUCAGUGAAACAAAUGAUGGCAUUGUAUAGUAAGUAGAUUGAUGGACCUUUUCAAAAAUGUAUGUUUUAGCAAUUAUAUUUAGAGCAAAGGUGUCACCUGAAACAUUGGUGGCGAUCCAUUGUCGGUGAAAUUGCAACACUUUGCUGCAUUUAUUUCAAAGUUUCCUGCUCAUUUCAGUGAAUAAUCUUGCUUCCUUUUAAAAGAAAAACACAUCAGAAUAAUGAAAAUAGAUUAACAAACGGGUUCCGCAAAAUGCAAACCUAUCCAGCCUUCUGCACUUUGUCUCUUUAUAAGACCUAUCCUUGUAAAUUGUUGAUUUUCCCAAAGUUUCAAAAUUCCUGCCUUCAUUUAACUCUACUUGGCCUUUUAUUUGCUUAACUUUUUAAAUCCCCUUCAGCCUAAUUUCACUGAAUGUUCUUUUUGACUUGCCUCAUUUGUGUCACCCCUUCCAUCACAUACUUGAGCUAUUUCUGUGCCACCUGACAAGAUCAUCCUCCCCACAACUCUCCACUUUGACACCUCCAGUUUCUGUAAAGUUUGCCUCUUAACCCUUACCACCUCAUGGCUCUACCUAGAAUCCACUUCUCCUUUAGAAGAUUGUUUUUCUUGUUCCUGAGGAAGCAUUAAUCUUCAUGGGCCAGAAUUGUCACACCUAAGCUGACACUCGACCAUACUAGAUGAAAUGAGGUGGGAAUUUUCAGUUGAAUAUUAAUCUGGCAAGGCAUUGUAGCGCAAAUUACUGUUCAAAUCUGACAAUCUUGCUGAUAGACCAGAGCAACAAGUUGCAGGUUUGUUGUUGGUGAGUUCAUCGCCAAUUCAUGUGCACUUUUUUUUAUAGGAUAAUAACACCAAUAUGUUCAAGCCUAAUGAAAAUAAUAAAUUUGAACAGACAAAAGGCUAUGGUCUGAAGUCCUCUUGAUGCAUGUGGGUUGUUCCUCUGUAGCUCACAUUCUGUUUAUAUUGAGAUUUGAAGCUAGACAAGUUUUUGUAUCACUUUACAUGCAAAGAGUGCAAAAUAUUUUUGUAUGUUUAAACAUGACCUAAUCAUGCUGAUAUCUAUUAAAGGCCAUUGGCUGGAUAUUAAUAACUUUGCUAUUACUUGAUGAAUGGAGGCAGUGUUUUUUAAAAUGAUGUAUUUUGAAAUUUAUUUACAAAUGCCAAAACCCAAACAAACUUGGAUCUUCAAGAGAAGAAUAAAUG